AUGGUUCGUCGAGUUCGCAAUCGGUACGUUCCUGGAUUCCACACUUGGAAUCCUCCUGGCCCCAAUCGGAACAUUUCUGAAGUCCAUCAGCCAAAUCAAAACCCGCCCGUAGAUAUUCCCUUUGCACAGGAUGGUGAACAUGUAGGGAGACAAGAUCCUAUCAACCAUGAUCAACCACGAAGAAGUUCUUGCAAUCAACGGAAGCGGGCUACGUCUUCUGGUUCGUCUGACUUAGAAGACACAGAUGGUGGAGGUUCGGAAUCCGAUUCCGACCACCGUACUCCAAAAAUGAAAAGAAGUGAAAGAGACGCAGAAAAGCGAAAGAGCACACCAGAUCAGCCGAGAGAUGAUGAGAAACCACACAGACCCAGAAGAAAGAAGAAAAGAAGUGAACGUGAUGACAAGACGGUCGUUGAGGAUUAUAAGGAUCUACAUUAG